GGGGGAUGGGGUCAGUGCGUAUGGAGUGGGGGCAUGGGGUGGGUGAUGAUGGCACAGGGACAGCGAUGGUACAGGGGCCACAGUGGCACGAGGACAGGGGUGGCACAGGGACAGCAAAGGUACAGGGAUGGUGAUGGCAUGGGGACAGCAGUGGUGUGGGAAUGGGGAUGGCAAAGAGAUGGGGGUGGCACAGGGACCACAGUGGCACGGGGAUGGGGAUGGCAUGGGGACCAAGGUGGCAUGGGGAUGGCAGCAGCACGGGGACAACGAUGGCACAGGGACAGCAAUGGUACAAGGGGCCACAGUGGCAUAGGGAUGGCAGUGGCGUGAGGACAGGGGUGGCACAGGGACAGCAAUGGUACAGGGAUGGUGAUGGCACAGGGACCUCAGUGGCACGGAGAUGGCAGCGGCAUGGGGACAGCGAUGGCACAGGGACAGCAGUGGCACAAGGACCACAGUGGCAUAAGGCUGGCAGUGACACGAGGACAGGGGUGACACAGGGAUCACAGUGGCAUGGGGAUGGGGGUGGCACAGGGACAGCAAUGGUACAGGGGUGGUGAUGGCAGGGGGACAGCAGCGGUGUGGGAAUGGGGGUGGCAAAGGGACAGUGAUGGCACGGGAACCACAGUGGCAUAGGGAUAGCAGUGGCAUGGGGAUGGGGGUGGCACAGGGUCAGCAAUGGGACCACAGCAGCACAGGGAUGGUGUUGGCACGGGGACAGCAGUGGCAUGGGGACAGUGAUGACACAGGGACCACGGUGACACGGGUGACAGCAGUGCUACAGGGCCAGUGGUGGCACGGGGACCACAGUGCCCACCUCCUCCUGCACGUGCCACCAUCCCUAAUGUCCCCACAGCCUCAUCCCUGGGCUCUGGGGACUGGCGGUGGUGGCGGUGCCCCCCCAACCGUCCCCUCCCAUCCCCAGGGCCACCUCCCAGCCCCCUCAGCCCCCUCAGGCCCCACCACCCCACAGUCCCUCAAGCUGACUUACCCCGAGACCUUGGAUCGCAUCAAGGAGGAGUUCCAGUUCCUGCAGAACCAAUACCACAGCCUGAAGUUGGAAUGUGAAAAGCUGGCGACGGAGAAAACUGAAAUCCAGCGACACUACGUGAUGUACUAUGAGAUGUCCUACGGGCUGAACAUCGAGAUGCACAAACAGACAGAGAUCGCCAAGCGGCUGAACGUCAUCUGCGCGCAGCUCAUCCCGUUCCUAUCGCAGGAGCACCAGCAGCAGGUGGUCCAGGCGGUGGAGCGUGCCAAGCAGGUGACUAUGAGUGACCUGAACGCGGCCAUCGGGCACCAGCUCCAAACGCAGCACCUCUCGCACCAUGCCCCCCCCAUCCCGCUGACCCCCCACCCCUCUGGGAUGCAGCCCCCCACCCUGGCCGGGCUGGGCAGUGCUUCGGGGCUGCUGGCGCUCUCGGGGGUGCUGGGGGGGGCCCAGCUCCUCACCAAGGAUGACCGUGGGGUCCACGACGCCGAGCACAGGGAGCGAGACCCGGGUCCCAGCUCUCUGGUGCUGCCCAACGGGGACCGGGCACGAGCCAUCUCUGAGUACCUGAGCAGCAACAAAAAGAGGAAGGUGGAGGAGAAGGACUUUGUGACAGACUAUGGCAGUGAUGCGGACAAAAGCGAAGACAACCUGGUGGUGGAUGAGGACCCCUCAUCCCCACACAGUGUCCAUUCCUACUCCUCCCGUGAGAACGGGUUGGAGAAGCUGCCGCUGGGACGGAAGGAGCCCGCGCCACUCAGCCCCACCUCCAUGGCCUCCUCCAGCAGCACAUCCCCAUCGCGCAGCAAGGAUGCACCCACGGUGGAGAAGGCGGGGACACCCAGCCUCAAGUCCAGCACCCCCACAUCUCAGGGCGAUGCCGCAGCGCCGGGAUCCAGCGGUGCCCCACAGUUCCGCCCCACUGCAGCCAAAGCCCCCGUGGAUUCCCUGGCCCUGGGCCUGAGGACCCCGCUGGGCGUGCAGAGCCCCUACUCCUUCAGCAUGGCUCACCCCGCUGUCAAUGGGGACAUGGCUGGGGCGGGUGCCUACGCCAGCCUGCACCUCGUGUCCCCGCAGCUCAAUGGCACCGCAGCCGCCAGCAGCUACGGACGUUCCCCACUGGUUGGCUACGACCCUCACCCUCACAUGCGCGUGGCAGGGCUGGCGGCCGGCAUGCAAGUGGGGACAUCGGGGAAACCCGCCUACUCCUUCCACGUCAGCGCCGACGGGCAGAUGCAGCCGGUGCCGUUCCCCCCCGACGCCCUCCUGGGCUCCGGCAUCCCCCGGCACGCGCGGCAGCUGCACAGCCUGGCCCACGGCGAGGUGGUCUGCGCCGUCACCAUCAGCAACUCCACGCGCCACGUCUACACCGGGGGCAAAGGCUGCGUCAAGGUGUGGGACGUGGGGCAGCCGGGCACCAAGACGGCCGUGGCCCAGCUGGACUGCUUGAACCGCGACAACUACAUCCGCUCCUGCAAGCUGCUCCCCGACGGCCGCAGCCUGAUCGUGGGGGGGGAGGCCAGCACCCUGUCCAUCUGGGACCUGGCGGCCCCCACGCCCCGCAUCAAGGCCGAGCUCACCUCCUCCGCCCCCGCCUGCUACGCCCUGGCCAUCAGCCCCGACGCCAAAGUCUGCUUCUCCUGCUGCAGCGACGGCAACAUCGUGGUGUGGGACCUGCAGAACCAGAGCCUGGUCCGGCAGUUCCAAGGCCACACGGAUGGAGCCAGCUGCAUCGACAUCUCCAACGAUGGCACCAAGCUGUGGACGGGGGGGCUGGACAACACGGUGCGCUGCUGGGACCUGCGGGAGGGGCGGCAGCUGCAGCAGCACGACUUCAGCUCCCAGAUCUUCUCCCUGGGGCACUGCCCGACGGGCGAGUGGCUGGCGGUGGGCAUGGAGAGCAGCAACGUGGAGAUCCUGCACGUCACCAAGCCCGACAAAUACCAGCUGCACCUCCACGAGAGCUGCGUCCUCUCUCUCAAGUUCGCCGCCUGCGGGAAGUGGUUUGUGAGCACGGGGAAGGACAACCUGCUCAACGCCUGGCGCACGCCCUACGGAGCCAGCAUCUUCCAGUCCAAGGAAACUUCCUCCGUCCUCAGCUGCGACGUCUCCACCGACGAUCAGUUCAUCGUCACCGGCUCCGGAGACAAGAAAGCGACGGUGUACGAAGUCAUUUACUGAGAGUCACGGAGGUGACGGCCACGGCCUGGGUCUGUUCCCUGAGAACAGACGGACUCACAGCCAUGGGGACGGACAGACGGACUCCGGCGCAGAGGGGUGGCAGCCCAGGCCUGGAGCAAUUGGCGAUGGGGACCCUGCAGUGCUGGGAGGCAGCUGCUGCUGGCAGGGCCCUUCCCGGGGGUUUCCUCCUCCUUUGGUUUGUUAUUGGUUGGUUUGUUUCUAAACUGGGACAGGGGGUUGGGGGAGUAAAGGGGGCUUUCUUUUGUAAUGUCAUUUUCUUUGUGGGUUUUUUUGGUUUUUUUUGUUAAAGUGCUGGGCUGGGCAGGGUGAGAGCUCUCCUCAUCUCCUCCUGCACCUCCCAGGGCAUAUUUAAUAAUAAAAAGAAAACAGCAGCACGGUGCAUCGCAGGGCAGGGGUGGAUGGGGCUGGGGGCUGCCCUGCAUGGAGUCAGGGGGGGAAGAGGGUAUUUCCAGCCCCUCAUUGCAUUUCAGCACCCCCAGGGGCAGAGUCCCUGUGUACUUCAAGUCCUCCCCCUCACCCCAUGGUGCCCUAGAGGAGCUCAGCC